AUGACCCUUCAUGGCGAAACCGACCUACUUAUGUGCAGAACUUUACCGACGCUUUUGGGCGGGAGAGCACUGACCUGGUACACCACUUUGCCGACUGGCAGCGUAGCAUCCUGGGAUGACUUGGCAAGCAAGUUCCAGACCCACUUUUCCCCCAGUCGCCCAGUGCCAAAGUCCGUCCAUUCCCUAGAGAAGGUUCGUCAACAAUCUGGGGAAUCCCUUAGGUCCUUUCUGGAUCGGUUCGACAAAGAAGCCUUGCAAGUACAAGGCCUAGACCCUAAAGUGCAAGUGCAUAUACUCUUAUUUGGUUUGCGUGAAGGAGCAUUCGCCUACGAGCUUGCUCGCCAUUAA